CCGGCAGGUCCCCGGGAGGCACCAUGGCUGCCCUGGGCAUCACGGUCGCCCUGCUGGUGUGGACGGCCACCCUGCUGCUCCUCUCCAUCUGGAGACACAACUACAGCAACUGGCAGCUGCCCCCUGGCCCUUUUCCACUACCCAUCGUGGGGAACAUUUUCCAGUUGGAAAUUAAGAAUAUCCCCAAAUCCUUCACCAGGCUGGCAGAGCGUUUCGGCCCGGUGUUCACGCUGUACCUGGGCUCCCGGCGCUUCGUGGUCCUGCACGGCUACGAGGCCGUGAAGGAGGCCCUGCUCGACUACAGGAAUGAGUUUUCUGGCAGAGGAGAAACCCCCGCAUUCCAGGUGCACCAGGACAAAGGGAUUAUCUUCAACAACGGGCCGACCUGGCAGGACACCCGGCGGUUCUCCCUGACCGCCCUCCGUGACCUCGGGAUGGGGAAAGGGCGCAAUGAGCAGCGGAUCCAGGGGGAGGCCCAACUCCUGCUGGCGGCGUUCCGGAAGACCUGUGGGCAGCCCUUCGACCCCACCUUUGUCAUCGGCUUCGCGCCCUACAACGUCAUCUCCGACAUCCUCUUCCACAAGCGCUUUGACUACGAUGACAAGACGGCCCUGAGGCUGCUGAGGCUGUUCAAUGAGAACUUCUACCUGCUCAGUACCCCCUGGAUCCAGCUUUAUAAUAAUUUCUCAGCCUACAUAAGUUACCUGCCUGGAAGCCAUAGAAAACUAAUGAAAAAUGUGUCUGAAAUAAAAGACUAUGCUCUAGAAGGAGUGAAGGACCACCAGAAGUCACUGGAGCCCAGCUGCCCCCGAGACUUCACUGACACCAUGCUGAUGGAAAUGGAGAAGGAGAAACACAGCACAGACCCUGUGUACACCUUGGACAACAUUGCCGUGACCUUGGCUGACCUGCUCUUUGCAGGGACAGAGACCACCAACACCACCCUGAGAUACGGGCUCCUGAUUCUCAUGAAGUACCCAGAGGUCGAAGAGAAACUUCACGAAGAAAUUGACAGGGUAAUUGGGCCAAGCCGAAUCCCUGCCAUCAAGGACAGGCUGGAUAUGCCCUACCUGGAUGCCGUGGUGCAUGAGAUUCAGCGAUUCGUCGACAUCAUUCCCUCCAACCUGUCCCACAAAGCAACCCGGGACACAGUGUUCAGAGGCUACGUCAUCCCCAAGGGCACAGUCAUAAUUCCGACACUGGACUCCCUCUUGUAUGACAGCCAAGAAUUCCCUGAACCAGAGAAGUUUAAGCCAGAGCACUUUCUGAAUGAAAACGGAAAGUUCAAGUACAGUGACCAUUUCAAGCCAUUUUCCGCAGGAAAGCGGGUGUGUGUUGGCGAAGGCCUGGCUCGCGUGGAACUGUUCCUGUUUCUGGCCUCCAUCCUGCAGCACUUUAACUUGAAGUCGCUGGUAGACCCCAAGGAUAUCGACCUCAGCCCCAUCGCAAUUGGGUUUGCCAAGGUCCCCCCCCGUUACAAACUCUGUGUCAUUCCCCGCUCACAAGUGUGA